CGAAGGGACCGUACUGCGUAGGCAGUCAGAACAGCGGCGAGUUCGGCCACACUGCCUUUUUGUAAUUCAGAUUCGUGAUGAACGACGAGGAAAUCAUAAAGCAGCGCCUACUGAUCGACGGCGACGGUACCGGAGAAGAUCGCCGCCUGAACGUGCUGCUGAAGCAGUUCCUUAAGUGGGCCAACGCCAAGAACGAUUCGCCGGACACCAAUCCCAUCAUGUACGACCGUUUGAUGGCCCAGUUCGCCCAGUGCAAGCUCACUGCGAUGAAGAACGUCCAGACUCUGCAAAUGAUCGGCGCCGAGCGGGAUAACUACAGCAAACUGGUGGAUCAGCACGAGCAGAGCAUCGUCCUGGCGAAGGAGGAGAUCGAGGCCAGCAAAAAGGAGCUGAUCACCGCCAAGCAGAUCCGUAAAAACAAGAUGGAGUACGACCUGCUAGCCUCGCUCAUACAGGAGCAGCCGGACCGCAAUGGCACCCAGAAGCAGAUCGAGACCAUUAGGAAGGAGAUUGAUGACCUGGUGCAAAAGAAACUCAAGAUGGAGCGGAAGUUCCAGAAGCGCCGCAACGACUUCACUCUGCUCAUGUACACUAUUCACGAGCUGGAGCAGCAGCUGGACCAGGACAACAGUUCCUCCUCUUCCUCCUCAUCGUCAAGCUCUUCUUCUAGCGACAGCGAGGCCCGCUCGGAGCCGGAUCUGAACGACAACGGCAUAAUGGAGGUCAGCGACGAAGACGACGACCUCAACAACAGCAGUCCCACCAAGUUCGACGGAGUCCGCGGCGAGCCCAAGUUUCACUCUGUAUCCACGGAGGACUCCAAGGCCAUGUCCGUCGAGGAGGAUACUGUGCUUGAGCUGAGCAUCGACAAGGACGAGCACGACGUGGAUGUGGUUGUGGCCAGUUAGGUAGAAAGCGCAAUCGAACGAAGCGCAUAUCAAGCUAUAAUAAAAUGCUAUGAUUUAUGGAAAUUGAAAAAAGUAUACGAUUUGUUUUUGUAAAUAAAUCCAUCAAUGCCUGAUCAGGAAUUUGUCGUUUACCAAGAAUUUUGAUAAACAUAUAAACUUCAAUAAAAUUAACUUAAUUUAAA